CAAUGCAAUUAGAGGACUGCAUAUAUUACUAUAUUACGACUAAAAGAGGGAGUUUUAGAGAGAGAUGGCAAGAGAGAUUGUGAAUGUAGAAGUGGAGGAGAUGUUGAGUGAGUCAUUAGCAUAUUCUAAUGAAGCAAAGAACUUGCCAUUUUUGUCAUUAAAUCAUGUCUCUUUUGUCUGCAAAUCUGUCAAGAAAUCUGUGCAGUUUUAUGAGGAAGUUCUUGGAUUCGUCCUAAUCAAGAGACCCUCUUCUUUUGACUUUGAAGGAGCUUGGUUGUUCAACCAUGGAAUAGGAAUCCAUUUGCUUGAAGCUGCGGAAAAUGUUCCCAACAAAAAGGAGAAAAUAAAUCCAAAAGACAACCACAUUUCAUUUCAAUGCUCAGAUAUGGAACUCAUUAUUCUGAAAUUGGAAGAAAUGAAGAUAGAAUAUGUGACAGCAGUGGUUAAAGAAGGAGGCAUAACAGUGGAUCAAUUGUUCUUCCAUGAUCCAGAUGGUUAUAUGAUUGAAAUUUGCAAUUGUCAAAAUCUACCAGUUCUUCCACUUUCAUCCUGCCCUCUUAAGAAGCUCCCAAACCCUAUUCCUAAUCUAACAAUAUCGUCUCUCUACGGGAACAAGAUGUUGUGCAAUAGAGAAGUAGAAGCACUGAUGCUGGAGAAUUUGGCAGCUGAAAUGAUGGAGAUUUCAAUUUGAUUACAUUUUUUACAAAGAAUAUUGGAUAAUAUAUGUAUGGAGAGGAGCAAGAAUUUUAAUUUUUAGGGAAAUUAUAUAUAAAUUCGCUGUUCCGGCUCUUUCGUGUCUUCUGAUUUAGAGUAAAAUGCCAAUUGAUACUUGCGUGUAAAUUUAUUUUUUUUGUAUAACAAAAGAACCAGAUUAAA